AUGAGUGAACAGAUUGGCGAGACUGUACCAGUCGCUCCCAGGAGAAAAUUUGUGGGCAGGAAAAAAGCUACAGCUGAUGCAGAGAGAAAUGGAAACAGCAAUAUCGAGGAUAUUGGAGCUGGAUCACUGACACAAUCUAAAAGGGGUCCUGUGAGGACUGUGAACAGAAUUCCUGAUGACAUCUUGAAUGAUGAAGAGUUGAACCAGGCAAUUAAAAUUCUUCCAAAAAACUAUAACUUUGAAAUUCACAAAACUAUUUGGCACAUCAGAAAAUCUAAUGCAAAGAGAGUGGCAUUACAAAUGCCAGAGGGGCUCUUACUAUACUCGUGUAUUAUUUCAGAUAUUUUGGAACAAUUCUGCGGUGUGGAGACUGUCAUAAUGGGCGAUGUUACUUAUGGAGCCUGUUGUAUAGAUGACUUUACGGCUCUGUCAUUGAACUGCGACUUUUUAGUUCACUAUGCUCACUCAUGUUUAGUACCAGUGGAUGUUACUAGAAUGAAGGUACUAUAUGUGUUUGUGACUAUUGAUAUUGACAAGACACAUUUAAUAGCCACUUUGGGCAAAAACUUUGCUCCAUCAAGCCGUUUGGCUUUGGUUGGAACUAUUCAAUUCAACCCUACCUUGCAUGCUAUUCAUGACGACUUACUGACAAAACAUCAAAUAAUUACCUCUACUCCUCAGGCGAUGCCGUUAUCAAAGGGUGAGGUCUUAGGAUGUACUUCUGCACGCCUCUCUUCCAAGGAAAUUGAUGCUAUUGUUUAUAUCGGUGAUGGAAGAUUCCAUUUAGAGAGCGCCAUGAUUCAUAACCCUGAGAUUCCAGCUUACAAAUAUGAUCCAUAUAACAGAGAGUUCACGAUCGAGACAUUUGAUCACGAAGAAAUGCAUUCAAUUAGAAGGGCAGCUAUCAAGGAAGCUAAAAAUGCAAAGAAAGUAGGAAUCAUCCUUGGUGCACUGGGUCGACAGGGAAAUAUGGGAACCUUAGAUCUCAUCGAGAAAGGAUUUAAAGAGAAAAAUAUUGAGACAGUAUUGGUUCUAUUGUCAGAGAUCUUCCCUGGAAAGCUCGCUCAGUUUGAUGAUGUGGAUUGUUGGAUCCAAGUGGCAUGCCCACGAUUAUCAAUUGACUGGGGUUACGCAUUCCCUCGACCACUGCUGACCCCCUACGAAGCCAUGGUGAGUCUUGAAAAAGACCAACCAUGGGACAAGGCCUAUCCAAUGGACUACUAUUCGAAAGAUGGAUAUGGUCGAGGUAAAAUCCCCCAAAGAAUUGUUGCAUGA